CAAACGGGUGGGGGUCUUGGGCAGUGGGAGGAGAAGGAAGGAAAACUGGUGGGAAAUGGGAAUAAGGACAGGGCAAGAAGGGAAGACCAAGUGUUGGUGAAGUGGAGAGGUAGCCAGGAACCUUGGGAGAAAGGAGUGUGGGUGGAAGCUGUGAGAGGAAAAUUAAAAGGAAGGAGAGGAAAACCUCAAGCAAAUUGAAAGAGAGAGGGGGGCAGUGAGGUGAGAGGAGAAAAGCCAAAUCAAUACUGUGUGCAAGGAGAGCAUACACCUCUAUUCCUCUGUAAGUCACAGUGUGUAUAAGCCAUCCACUCCCAUGGCUUCCAAACAGCCCGUAGUGAAGAACAAAGGAGAGAAGCGUAAGAGAGUUGUGCUGACCUUAAAGGAGAAAAUUGAUAUCUGUACACGUCUUGAAAAGGGUGAGAACAGGAAAGCUUUGAUGCAAGAGUACAAUGUUGGCAUGUCUACCUUAUAUGACAUCAAGGCGCACAAGGGACAGCUGCUGCGGUUUUUUGCUAAUUCGGAUUCUAACAAAGCCCUUGAACACCGCCGCACACUGCACACCCCUAAACUAGAGCAUCUAGAUCGGGUUUUGUAUGAGUGGUUCUUGGUGAAACGGUCAGAGGGAGUCCCUGUCUCGGGCCCAAUGCUCAUUGAGAAGGCUAAAGAUUUUUAUGAGCAGAUGCAAUUAACCGAGCCAUGUGUUUUUUCUGGGGGAUGGCUUUGGAGGUUUAAGGCACGGCAUGGCAUCAAAAAGCUAGAUGUUUCCAAUGAAAGACAGUCAGCAGACCACCAGGCUGCAGAGCAAUUUUGUGGGUUUUUUCGAAGUUUAAUUGCAGAGCAUGGUUUGUCCCCUGAGCAGUUUUACAAUGCUGAUGAAACUGGCCUGUUUUGGCGUUGCCUGCCAAAUUCGACUCCCGAAGGGGCCAGUGCCUCAGGUCUGAAGCAGACCAAGGACAGAUUGACUGUCCUCAUGUGUGCUAAUGCUGCAGGCUCCCACAAAAUCAAACCUUUGGUGAUUGGAAAGUGUAAUGGUCCCAGGACUUUCAAGGGAAUUCAGCAUUUACCUGUUGCUUACAAGGCACAGGGUAAUGCAUGGAUGGACAAAGAAAUUUUUUCUGAUUGGUUUCAUCAUAUUUUUGUACCUUCAGUCAAAGAUCAUUUUAGAAAUAUAGGCUUACCUGAUGACAGCAAAGCCAUUCUUCUGCUAGACAAUUCUCGAGCCCACCCUCAGGAAGCAGAGUUAGUCUCUGAUAACAUUUUUACCAUCUUCCUGCCUGCCAGUGUUACCUCGUUGAUUCAGCCUAUGGACCAGGGCAUUAGGAGAGAUUUCAUGAGAAAUUUCAUCAAUCCUCCAGUCACUGUACAAGACCUUCAAACUCGUUACAACAUAAGUGAUGCCAUUUUUAAUGUUGCUUGUGCCUGGAAUUCUGUUACUAGUGAAAUACUAAGGCGGGCAUGGAGAAAAUUGUGGCCUAGUGUUAUGUUUGCAGAAGUAUCUUCUGAUGAAGAAGAAUUUGACCGAUUUAGAGUAAGGCCUCCAAAUAACACACUGGUGCAGAUCCUUGAAAUGGUGAAGGAUCCUCCUUCACCUCCAGUCAACAAACUGAAUAAAAGUGAAGGAGAUGAGUGGGCUGAUGCUGACCAAGAAGGUGAAGUGUCACAGGGUGUUAGUGACACAGAAAUAGUAGAAACUGUUUGGAAUCCUGACAAUGGAACUGAUUCUGAAAAAGACAGUGAUGGAGAAGAUUUUAGGGAAGGGGAGAAAACAUCUUGGGAAAAAGCUGCUUCAUCCUUUGAUUCGAUUAUUAGUUUUGCAGAAAAGCAGCCGUGUUUUACAAACCAGGAGAUUAUGCAGUUGCAUAUGCUGCAUGCUAUUUUUAUGCGACAGAGGCAGAUGGCAAACAAACAAACUGAGAUCAGGGAUAUAGUCAAGAUAGAAAAUCCCAGGGGUUAUCCUGGAGUUUGCACUGAUUCAGCCCAAUCUCCUAUACCAUCUACAUCUACAGCACUGUAUAGUGAUAACUGAUAGUGAUUUUGGUGUCCCUGAGGCCCUGUGAGAUCUUAAAUCAUCAGAGAAGAAUUCAGUUAUAUCCAGCAGGCUAUAUUUUUACUUAGGCAAAAUAAGUGGACUUUUAGACAGAUUUUCCACGGGGGUUGGUUAAAACCAAAGGUUGCGCAUUGAAUCUGGAAAUUCAUUUAAUUGGAACAGCCCAAACUCUCUGUGCAUUCCGGUUAAUCGAGGUUUUACUCUAUUGCCCUUUAUGUAGUGUGAGGAACUCCUAAAGGAAAACAGUAGAACCGAAAGGCUUUUUCUUUGUAGCACAGAACUGAGUGUAGUGCAAGCCUAUAUUUUAUCUUUCAGAAAGCACUUCCCAUACAGAAUCUCUGUACAGUAGUAACAAGAUCCACAAAGAUAGAGCUUAGUGUAGAAGUGGGGUAUGUGUAAGGUGUUCAGGUUACCACAAAUCAGUGUCUACAGACCUUUUCCUUGUGGGGAUUAGAUGAGACUUAAGGCCUUGUUGCUUUUCUGGGUUUUUAACUGGAGAGAGGGGCUUGGAACAUCUGACUUUGACAAGUUUAUUAGGUAGCAUAAAUCCUUCAGACUGAACUUAAGUGAGAUUCUGUGAAUGAGUCUCUGGAGGGCUUGGGGCCAUCACAUUCCCACUGGAAAUAAAAAUAGUCUAUUUCAGUUUUUGAGGUAAUAUUUCUAAGAACUCAGAACAAAUAAUAUUCCCAGCUUAGUAUAAUUACAUUCCAGUAGAAAGAAAUUGCUCUGUGACCUUGGGAAAGUCAGUCUCUACUCUCACUCCAAAUACCUGUUCUUCCUAUCAGUAAAAUUGGGAAUUAGAUUAGAUGACCUCUAAAGCCCUUUUUCCAGCAUUCCAUGAUUCUAUGGAAAUACAUUUUUGGCAGUUUAUAUUUGAAACAAGGCACUAGCAGCAAGGUACAGCCACUCUGAAUGUUAAAAUAAUUCCUUCCCAAGGAUAUAAGAAAUGCCAUCUUAAAUCAGACUGCUCCUCUGUCCAGCCCAGUGUGGGGACUCUGAUGGGUAUUUUGCCUUCUAUUGGGUGACUUGGGUCAAGUUACUUCCUUUCUCUGGGGUGUUUCCUUACCUCUAAAAGGAAGGGUUUUGAUGAGGCAGUCUUGAAGUGCCCUUCUGUCUUUAACUUUCUAUAAUUGAUAUGUUAAUUUUGUGGGGGUAGAGGUUAUGUACUCCAGAGUCUUCUAUAUCACAUUCCCAGGAAUUUCAUUUGGUCCCAUUUCUGGAUUUUGGUAAUGUCUUUAAAUCCAGACCAAGACUGAAGAAGUUUCUUUAGUUUCUGUUGUAUGUAAGUUGCUGAAUUUCCUUGCCAAGAAAUAUACAGUGAUUAUUUGAAUUAUCCUUUGUGGCCUUGGACAUUCUUAUCUCAGUAUUGAAAAGUCUGGCUGCUUUUUUCCCUUUUAUUGUUAGGCCAAUUUUGUCAAAAGAUUUAGUAUUUUUUCCCAUUUAUACCAUGUUAAUCUUUGACUUAUAAACGGUUAAAUGCAUACCAUGAACCAUAUAUAUCCCUACUUAAGACCCCCUCCCUACAUACCAGCGUUUCUAGGAAACACGCUAAAUACUUGUAUUUUUCCAUUCUUUUUUUCACUCCUGGGUCGCUAACUCCCAUUUAACUUUGGAUUAAUGUUGUGGCAAUGGAAUCAGCACAUACUUUUCAUUCCAGGGUUUCCUAUCCUUUCCACCAAGAGGCAUUUAAGACCUAGUGGAUAAAAUUUUGUCCACAGCCUGUUUAUAACUAUUUCUACAUAUUUCUUGCGUUAAAUGAAAUAAUCCUACAAAAUAUAAAUGCAUUGUGUAUUUCUUGCUUUAUAUGCAUGUGUAUAGAUUAUGCAAUAUCUCAAAUAGCUUCUAAAAAAUUUCAUUAUUGCUAAAGUCAAAUUGACUUUGUUCCCUUAUUACUCCUACGUCACUUGCUGUUGAGUCCCAAUGUGUCUUUGAGAUGAUGUUUGUAUAUCCGUGUAUCUUUGUGCUGUUUCUGUGCUCUUCCCUGUUGACCCUUCUACAAAAGACCGUUAGAUUCACCUCUGCUUAGGGAAAUGACAUGCUGGAUGCUGUAGUGAUUUAAAGCCACUGCUCUCCUCUUUCCCUCUUUAUUGCUAGUAACCCUGAAUGAAGGGCAGCUCAUUCAAAAGACCCCUUCCCUGAGGCAGUUACCUUCUAUUCAGACCUCAAGGUCUUUAAAAAGGAAAAAAGUGAGCUUUGUAAUUGUCUUUUUAUGAAAAUCUUGAUAAUCAGGAGGACAUAGGAUGAAUGCUGCCUUAAGUAAGAUACCGAGUUCCUGAACUCCAGCUGGAGGUGUUCAAACUCCUAGUAAAGUGCUUUGCUGUGCUUAUUGAACUGAACAGAAUGCAAGGCCCACUGCUGUCAGGGAUGUCAUUGGGGAGAUUCAUUUACAGAUGUCCCCUCUGACUCCGACUCUGUGAUUCUGUGAGUUCUUGUUUUGGUUUCCUAUGUGUGAAUCCUGUCUCCAGCCAGAUUGUAAGCUCUUGGUGAGCAGGAGUUAUGUCUAUUUCAGCAUCAGUCACAGGCUGAACAUAUGGUUGAUGAUCAAUAAAUACUUGAUUGAUUGAGGGGAUGUGUCUCCCAGAGGUUCUCAUCUUGAUAGCCCUAUGCGGUAUCCCAGAAAGAUGAUGGGAAGACUGUAUUUUAUAGUAAGCUUACCAAAUGUCAUAUUAUCUCUAUUUUGGUAAAGUUACCAGUACCCUGAUGAUGAAAUACUGGGAUAUGAUGACACGUGAUCCUUCCUUUUUCCAUUGGUCACUUAUAGUACUCUGACCCAAAAGCUUAGUCCUUUUUGGAUUAAGUUUGGGAUUGUUGCCAUCGCCCUUUCCUCCGUAUCCUACCUUAAUAGGAGGUCCCCAGUAGCUUCAUUCAUAGACAAACUGAUCAUAGUGCACAAACUACUCUAUGUGGUAUGCGAGGAUGAUUAGUGUAUGGAUAAUUAGCACAUUACAAAUACAUAGAGUAGUACCUUUUGCCAGACUUAAGAGAUUCUGUUAUUUCUGAAUUGGUCUACUCAGAAGUUCGACUCCUGCCUGGCCUUGGCUUUUCUUUCUUUAGCUCCCUGAAAAGCCAGGUUUCUUUUUGUGGGUUUUGUGCAAUCUCAAAAAUGUGUUCUCUUUGUCUCAGAAAGUUGGCUUCACCGCUCAAUACUUGAUCUUUACUAUUUGGUUUUCAGUCUAGAUCUCCUAAUGGCCCCAAAGUGAUAAUACCACUCAGUUCCCUCUCAAGCCUUUUUUAUGGGGCAAAUGCCCAGUUUCUCAUUUUUAAUCCAGUUCCCUCCCUUCUCCAUUCGCUGAUGCAUUCUGUGACUAAUUCAGAUGCUGGCUGCUCAUUGCUCUGGUUUUAUUAUACCUCUGUUGUUCAGGAAUAUGCCUAGAUAUCUUAUUUUUCACCUGCCUACGGAGGAAAUGUGAUGUGGGAAAAAAAAACUUACUGGGAGCCAGGAGACUUGGGUUCUAGUCUCAGCUUGGGCCUCUAUUUUUGUUUUGUGAUUAAUCAUUUCUGCAUAUAUAAAAUGGAUUAGGCAUAGAGGGAGAAGGGGGAUUAGAAGACUCCUAGGAACUUUUCUAACCAUAGUAUCCUAAUGGUUCCUCAUAGCCUUUCUUCUGAUUUUUUCUUUAGUCUUUGAUAACGGAAUUCUGGAAAUUCCAGUGGAGGUCUUGAAUUGUUACUCAGGUGUGCUCUUCACAUUUAGCCUUUUUAUGCUUUCUUCAACUAUCUAACCCAUACAAAUAGAACUUCCAAGUACAUACAAAGGAUGAGCUGAAUUUUGACAGGUGAUUGCCAGGUUAAUGACCUCUGUUCCAUUGUUGGGAUAGGCUAAGUGAUGGUAGUAAGGGGUCACUCAUAGAGCCCUCGUAUUGCUCAAAAAUGACCCAACCAAAACUUUCCCUGUCAGAUUUAUUUGGGUUAAUGUAACAAGCUACUCUUUUACUUCCUUGAAGUAGGACCUCUUACAUUCAUAACUUUGUGUAAAUUUGUUUAGUAAGAUUGCUUUGCUCCUAAUCUCUAGUUGAUGGCAAUAAUGAUGUGGGGUUGAGAAUCUGGAUUAGGCUUGUGAGAGGAAUUAUUUCUUGAGGGGGACCACAGACCUGUGUGGAAUGAAUGUCAGGAGAGGAGCUCCCUACAGGGCCAAAAGAAGAUUCCAGAACCCUGGUGAAUUCAUUAUAAGAUAGUUUCUGGAAGUUGGGUUAGAGCUAGAAAGGAUGAUUUCCAAUCAUUUUAUUUUAUAGGUUGUGAAUGGACAAAAAUCUUGUCUUUAUUUAAUUCAUUGUGCUUUCUACUGCUCCACCGAGUAAAGCCUACUAGUUUUACCUGA